AUGCCUAAAAUUAUUAAUAAUAAUUAUUUUAUUUUCCCUUCUUUCCUUCCAUUUAUUUUAUUUUUAACAACAAUAUCAGCAUUAUUAUUCUUCCCUUUAUUGCCAGUUAAUGGAUUUGAAGCUAUUCCCUUUCUACAAAUUGAUUAUAAUUUUUAUAUUCGUUUGGCACAAUGUGAGGCCAAAUGUUUAGAAAAAUUUUCUUCAUUAAAUAAAAGAAUUAUUAUUGCUCCAACCGACAGUCAGUCAAUAACCGAUAAACAAUUUAAUCAGCAAAUGGCAAUUGGAUCUUCUUUAAUGCUUGAAAAUAUUGUAAGGAAGAGGAUCUCGACAAAAAAUCUUUUUAAUUUUCAGUGCAAACAAGGAUGUCUCGAUUCUGAUUCCCCUCCACCCCCACCUCCUCCCCCUCCUCCUCAAUCUCCAUCAACUUUUCAACACCAACACCAAUUAGAUACUCAACCAACUAAUGCCUUUGUUUUAGGCCAACAAUUUUUUAAACAAUCUUCAAAUAAAAAUCCUCCUCCUCCUCCUUUCUUUUCUUCUUCUUUCGGAGGAAUUAUUAGACCUUUAUGUGUUCAAAAAAUGUCUUCUUCUUCAAUUCCUUCCUCUCAAAAUACUUUUUCUCUUCAUCAAGAAAAAUUUGAAACUUUUUUAAUUUAUGAAGAAUUAAAUGAAAAAAUUAAAAAAGAAAAUUUACGUUUUGUGGUUUGUUGGAGAAGUAGAAAGGUUUUAAUUAAAGAGGAGGGACAAAGGGAGGAAGAGCCUCAAUGGAUUACUGCAUCUAUUGAGUCUUCACACCGUUUCAAAGUCUCUUCACUUCGUCCAGGCCUUCUCUACCAAUUUAAAGUUCAAGCAGUUUCUCCUAUUGGAAUUCAAGUUCCAGCAGCUUUUUCUGAUUGGAUUGAUUUCAAUUCUCUUAUUUAUGGAAGUGGAAUUAACACAAAAUCUCUUCAAUUUUAUUCUCAAUUUAAUUCUGAUUAUGGUGUGGCUGCUUGGGUUAGUUGGCGGCUAAACGAAGUCAAAAAAGUGGAAAAUGGGGAAAAUGGCAUUCAAACAACAAAACCAAUUUUAAACGCUCGUCUUCGCCGACAUUUAAUUCAUCAAAAUGAAGACUUUAAUAACACAAACAAUUUAAAUAUUCAAAACAAAACAAUUAAAUCAGAAGAAUUAUUUACUGAAAAACAAAAAUCUUCUUUUGUUGUUUUUCCUUUUUGUAAAUUACAAAUUGAAUGGGCAAAUAAAAGUAGCAGAGCUAGUGAUAAAUUUGAAUUGGAUGGCUCUGAUGGAUAUCUCCUCACCAAUUUAGCAUUUAAUUCAGAAUAUUGGGUUAAUAUUAGAGCAGAAUAUAAUAAUAGCAAUAAUAUUAAAGAGGAAGAAGAACAAUUAACUACAACACUUUUUGAAGGAAAUUUUGUUUCAAUGAAAUGUGUACAAGUUUAUGGUUUUGGAAGUUUGGAAUGCAAACCAGAACCAAUUCAAAAAUUAUCAAUAUUUCCAUUUCCAACAAACAACACAGCUUUGGUUAAAUGGGAAAGACCUUUAGCUAUAACAAAUGUUUUGCUAUACGAAUUAAAUAUUGAACCAAUAAUUAGAAGUGGAGAUGAUUUAAAUAUUAAAGAAAAAUGUAAAACAGAAAAUGGAUUAAAUACUAAAAUUGUUUCUGCUCAAGCUAAUUUUACUUGGAUAUCUUUACCUCAUGAAGCUGUUUGUGAAUUUGAAGUUAGGCAUACGCUUUAUGAUCUACUUGGAAGAGAAGCAACAUCCCAUCUUCGUUUCAUCUUUACCCCUUCUUCCACUUCAGAACCUUCUUCAACCGACACUCAAUAUUCUCUUGCUUUUCGUCAAUUUAUUUCUCAAUUAGAUAUUUCUGUUUUGGCACUUGUUUGUGUUAUUGUUUUGGUGCCAAUAACUGCAUUAAUUGCUUUAAUAUGCACAAUAUCUAGAAGGGAUACGAGACAGAAAACAAAAAAGAGAAACAAAAAACCUUUAUCUGCCGAAAAGCAUAAUAAAAUAAUUAAAAAGACAAAAAUGCAGAAGAAUAAUGUUCAGAGGCCAACGAUAGUCAAUGAUUCAAGACAAAAUUAUUAUUCAAAUACAAAUAUUAAUUCAGUAAUUAUAACUUCUUUAGAAGACACUAAAUAUAUUUCUACUUCAAAUCAACAAAUUUCUUCUUCAAAUAAAUUAAAUACUUCUCCACAAUCUUCUUCUUGUGUUUCUGCUGGUGCGGAAACAACAGUUACCCUUUUACCUUUGAAAGGGGAAAACGGAGAAAUUAAUAAUAAUUGUGGUGAUAUUAAGUUAAAUAAUUCCUUUGGAAAUACUGCUUGGACAGGGCAAAAUAGAAGAGUGAAAAUAGAAAUGCCGUUGAUAUUAAAUUGAACUUA